AUGGUAUUUUUUUAUAGCAUAUAUAGCGCACUCAUGAAGUAUAUUACGAAUAAAUUGAGUUAUUCAAGAAAACAAAAAAUAUUUGUAAUUAACAACUGCUUGUUUUUUUCGUUUAUUUUGUUUUAUAUUUCUUAUUAUUUUUUUUUCAAUGGACUUAUUUACCCUGCAGUUAAGAUUGUGUUUCAUGGAAGCGUGAUAGCAAAUCAAACUAUAGUAUACAAGAACUCAAUAUUGGAAUCAAUAUGGUUGCUAUAUGCAAGUGGUAGUUACUUUAAUAUGGGCGUGUUGCUCAUAUUUUCAGUUAUAAUUCCAGUGUUGAAGUUUGUUAUGGUUAGUGAUAAUUUUUACAGUUUCUUUAAAUUAUAUAAUUUAAGUUUGAAUUUUAAUGAAAAUGAUAAAGAUGAUGCGAAAUUAAUAUAUUAUAUUAACAUUGUAAAUGUGAAUGGAGAGUUUGCUUUAAAGAAAUUUAGCAUUUUAAGUUCAAUUUCAAGAUUUCAAUUUGUAGAUGUAUUUAUAUCUUUGUUUAUUGUAUCAUCAUUAAAUUUAUAUUUAUUAGAAGCAAAAAUAUUAAUUGGAGCUUAUCAUUUUCUAAAUUACUGUGUUUUAUCAACAAUAUCAUCUUACUUAUUAUUAACAUUUAUGAAAAUAAAAAUAAAUAUAUUUAAAGAUGGGAAUAUAAGAAUAUUUUCAUCACGUGGUGAAAAUAUAUUAACUGGAAAAAAUUCAGGCACAAUAAUAUAUAAUGAGAAUAAAGAAUUUAAUAACAUAUAUGACAACAAUAAUAAUAAUACAAAAGAUAAUCAUAAAUGGAAUAAAAAAAAUAUAAAAACAAAAAAUAGUAAGGAAAACCUGGGAGGUUUAAAUAGCGACAAUACAAAUGUAGCACAUAAAAUAAAUAAUGAAUCUGAAAAUGAAGAUAAAAUUGGACAUAUGAAUAGUAAAUAUAAAAUUGAUAGCAAUGGAAAUAAAAGUUUAGAAGAAGAUACAUCAGCUGGAAAAACAACAGGUGAUGAGCAUAUGACAUCUAAUAAAGAAAAUGGACGUGAAGAAAUAGAUUCUAUAGAUGGUGAAAAUGUUGCAGAAAAUAAUUCUUAUGAAAACAAUAUUAUGUGUUAUAAUAAAUUGCAAUCAUUAAAUAGUGUGAGUUAUUUAUAUAAAGUAAUGAAAAACAAUGAUGCAUAUAUUUAUUUAAAAAAAAAAAAAUUUAAUUUAUUAUUAAGAACCAAUUUUCAGAAAACUCGUUUCAAUACAAUAAAAUUAGCGCAUGCAUUUAUAUUAUUAUUUUUAUUAUGUUUGUCUAUAUAUUUUAUAACAUUAGUAGAAACGGAUAUGUUGGGUAUAUAUAUAUAUUUAAAUUUUUUCAAUUUCAAUAUAGAAAGUGUAAUGAUAGAUUAUAUAGAUAUGUUAAAUAUAUUAAAAUUAAAAGUAAAUAAAAAUUAUGUUUUUCCAUUUUUUUUUAUGUUUCCAUUUAUAUUUCCUUUAAUUAUAGCUAUAUCCUUUUUCUUAAGCAUAUUUUUUAUGAAUUUAUAUUAUGUAAAUUUUUCAAUUUGGUAUAAAAAAAUUACAGCAUUUAGUGAUGAAUUAGUGUUUGAUCCUGAAGUUCCAAAUAAUCAAAAAAUAACAAUUUCUGAAAGGCAUAAUUAUUUAUGUAUAAAAAAAGAGAUUGAAAAAAAUGAUAAAUUAUCAAAUACAUCAGAUGAGUUAUCUUCUCAUAAUAAUUCAACAAUAACAAGUAGCAAAAGUGAAGAUAUAAAUACAGAAUUUGUUUAUAAUGGUCUUUUAAAUUUUUAUUUUUUAAUGUCAUCCUUUUUUGCUAGUUUAUGCUCAAUAUUAUUACACAUAUCAUUAGGGGAAAUAAUUUCAAUAGCUAUUUUAAUUUUUUAUCAAAUAGUUAAACAUACAUAUAAUUUAAACAUUUUAGUAUUAUACAAAACAGAUAAAAUUCAUUUUUCUAAAUUUAUAUUAUUUAUAUCCUUUGGGUUGAUUUGCUUUUCAAUUAAUAUGUAUGUAACACAAUGGGAAAAAAUAAUAAAAAAGUUACAAAAAAUCAGAAAACAAAUUUUCCUUUUUGAGUCUAAUAGAUGUAGUGAAAUUGUUGAUUUAAAUAUUCAAAAAAAUAAAAACUGGAAUAUACCCAUUUAUACUUAUUUUUUUAAAUUUCUAAUUAAACAAAAUCAAAAUAUUUUAAAAAAAAAAAAAAAAAUAGAUAUAUCUCAAAAUAUUAAUAAUAAUCAUAUAAUUCGAACCCAAUCCAGUACUAUGUAUGAUAAUGAUGAAAACAAAAAUUAUCAAAAUAUGCAAUCACCGAAUGAUGAAGAAACUUUAAAUUAUUUAGAUUCAUCAUCUAUUACUAAUAUUAAAAAUAAAAAAAAAAACAGCAAUAAAAAAAAAAAAAAUUCAAUUGACGAUACAGUAGGAAUGAUAAACAAGUGUACUAAUCAAAGCAAAGGAAAUAAUGAUUGUCUUAUAAAUUCUGGAAUGCGAAAAGAACAAUGUGGUCCGGUUAGUUUUUUGUUUUCUGAAGUUAAAAAGAGGAGUACUAAACUUGGUAAAACACAUCAUUAUGUUAAAAAAAAUAGAAUUAGUGGUCAAAAUUAUGAACAAAUAAAGGAUGGAGAGCAUGAUAAUAUUGAUGAUGAAUGUAAAAAUGAAGAUGAAGAAAUAGAAAAUGUACAAAUUGAAGAAAUACAUAGUUCAUUAGAAAAAUCAAACUCACAAAAUAUUCCAUAUAUUAAAAAUUUAAUGCCAAUAAAAUCUAUUUUGUUAAUACAAUUAGAAAAAUUAAAAGCAAAAAAAAAAAAAGAUAGAGGAGUUGGUAAUAAAUUUGGAGAAAAAUCAGAACCCAUAAAUAUUGCAAAGUUAUUUUAUUAUUUUCAUAUUAUUUUAUUUAUUUUAAUUAUUACAUCAAUAUUUAUGGGAUUUUUAAAAAAUGAACAAGUGCUUAAAUUUAAUAUGAAUUCAGUAAAUAAAAGAUUAAAUGAUUAUUUUACAUCUCCAAAUUUUUAUGCUUUUAUACCUGCAAGUAUUGGAAAAUGCAAAACGCAAAAAUAUUUAGCAAAAGAACCAUGUUAUGAGAUUGGUCGUAUAUACCAUGAAGAAAAAACAUUUUAUCGUGCCACACUUUUAUUUUUACAAGGAAUUAGCUCAAUAAAUAUUGAUAAUAUAUAUUUUUAUUAUGAUCAAGGGAACUAUUAUUUAACAUUUAAUGGUUAUUUUAAACAUAUUAUUGGUCCUUUAUUUUUAAAACUUUGUAUAGGAUCAAACUUUUGUCCUAUAAGUACAUAUGCAUAUUUAGUUGGAAAUAAACCAACAUUUUCUAUAACCAUAGAAGCUCAAUGUGAUGAUUAUGCUUCCCCUGAUUAUAUUAGCAACUUAGUCGUUAGUGAUUUAAAAAUUACUAAAAUUGAAGUUAUAAAACAUUCAGAUAUUAUAGAAAAUGUUGAUAUUCAAUUAGAUGAUAUCCAAGAAAGAGUUCAAGAAAAAGUUAACGCAAUUCUGGCUGAUCAUCUUGAAAUUAUUAUAUGGAAAAAUAAGAAAUAUAAUUUAGAAAGUUUUAUUAACUAUUUGAUUUCUCGAAAUUCUCUUUUUGGGUUUAGUUGUGAGCCAUAUAAUUAUUAG